AUGGCAGAGUCGGUCUUCAUUGGCCAGCGUGAAGCCCUGGAGUCAGAGUUCUCGAAAAAGGCCAAUGCAGACUGGGUGGAGAAGUCCCUGGGAGAGAAGGCCGACUUCGCCGACCUCAACGAUGUCCGGGCGCGCCUGGAAAGGCUGGAAGUGCAGGUGUCGCACAAUGACCAGAAGCACACCGCCAAAAUGCAGGCGAUGCGGGAGGAAACGGCGUCUCAGAACAAUGACAUGUUUCAGCGCCAAUCGGUACUCAUGAAAGAGGCCAACAGCACCAUGACCUCCAGUAAGCAGCAAUUUCACGACAUGAAGAACAUGAUCGAGCGCUGGCGGCUCAGCUCUGGGCCUUCCUUUCAGCACAAGCAGAGGGUAAAGAG